AUGAGCUAUGUCGACCUUUUAAUAUCUCGAUUGAAGGAACUAGAAACUGGAGGCCAUGGUGUCGUGAACAUGGUGCACUGGUUUAAUUUUACAACUUUUGAUGUCAUUGGAGAUCUAGCUUUUGGUGAAUCGUUUUCACUGCUGAAAGGGGGUGUGUGGUCGAGACAUCUGUCCUCGAUUUUCGGUAUGGUACAGUUCAGUGUCAUGGAGCGGCUGGUCAGGCGUCUGUUGCCAUCAACAUGGAAAAUUUUCGUCAAGCUUAUUACUCCAAAGAAGCUGCAGGACGACCGGAUGUAUCAGUAUAAUCUAGCCAAAGAUAAGCUAUCUCGCCGGGUGGCUCAUGAUGCAGAGAAACCUGACUUUGUGCACUGUAUGCUGAAGGGAUCUCGCGAAGCUACCGGUCCUGACGGUCUGACGUUCGAGGAAAUGGUCUCGCAAGCAAACCUUUUAUUAAUCGCUGGUAGCGAAACAACAGCAUCACUAUUGUCCGGCAUGCUGUACCAUCUCCUAGUGAAUCCUGAAGCACUGGCUCSUUUWACAGAAGAAAUUCGCACAUCCUUCUCCGAGGAGUCUGAUAUUAGCAUUCAAAGCGUCUCCUAUCUACCAUAUAUACAAGCUGUGAUCGAAGAGUCUCUGCGUAUAUAUCCUCCCGUACCCAAUAUCCUACCUCGCUCAACCCCCCAACCGGGAGAAGUUAUUUGUGGGAAAUUUGUCCCUGGAGGCACUAGCGUUGGGUUGCAUCACUAUGCGUGCUAUCGCUCUUCGGAGAAUUUCUACGAGCCGGACUCUUUCCACCCUGAACGCUGGCUCGAUGAUGGUGAUUCUCGUUUCGCGAACGAUGAUAAAAAUGCAUUUCAUCCGUUCUCUCAUGGACCGAGGGGAUGUCUCGGGAAGAAUCUGGCGUACGCCGAGAUGAAGUUGAUUGCGGCAAAAUUCUUCUGGAAUUUCGAUGUUGAGUUGCAACCUGAGAGCAGGAAUUGGACCCAGCAGAAGUCCUCGAUCAUUUGGAAGAAAAUCCCUCUUCAUGUCAAAUUGACAUCGAGGAUGUAG